AUGGAAUUUGACGCUUACAGCCUUGAUGACUCCAUCUACGACGAAGUGUUUCUUCCUGACGGAACACCUCAAGAACUCUACGCUAUUCAAGAACGAGUUUCCCGUUCAUUUUCCAACGAGGGCAUCACAUUCACCGUUUAUGGGAAUGAGGAGGCCGAGGAACGAAUUAUUCCCAUUGACUGCGUGCCACGAAUUAUGCCCGCAUCAGAUUGGCGGAGCAUAGAGAGUGGCUUGACCCAGCGCAUCAAAGCCUUGAAUCUAUUUCUGGAAGAUGUGUACGGUCAAUCCCGCAGCAAGGACCUCUACGGGGUAUCGCGAAUUGUCCAUGACGGUGUAAUCCCGGCCGAUGUAGUGCGCGAGUGCCCUCAAUAUCGCGCCGAGAUGUCCGGCUUCUCAGCUCCCUACGGCGCAUGGGUUUCUAUCUGCGGCUCUGACAUUGUGCGCACCAAUGACGGCUUUAUGGUGCUUGAAGACAACCUUCGAGUACCUUCCGGUGUUCGUACAUGA